AUGGAGCUAGGGUUGAUGGUGGCUACUGAUUUCUUCUUCAAUUUCGUUUGGUUCUUGAUGAUUAAGAAAGGCAAGAUGAAAGAUCUUCCAUUUGUCAAGAAAAUGCAUCUACCUGUGUUUGCUUCGAAUAAACCUGAAUCUAUGAAUGAUGCGGAUUGAGAAUUUGAGCACCUACAAGGUGUUCUUGACCAGCAAUCUGAAAUGGGUGUAAAAUUCAAUGAAGAAAUUCAGGGACUAUGGCUUCUUAAUACUCUGCCAGACUCUUUUGAAAUUCUUCGAGUUUCUUUGACUAAUUCUACUCGUGGUGUUGUGACCAUGGAAUAUGCUAAAAGUAAUGACUUGAAUGAAGAGAUGAGAAGAAGAUCUCAAGGUUCAUCUUAUUCUACUCCACACUCCGAUGUUUUGGUUAUUGAAAAUAGUAGAAGCAAGUUUAGAGGUCAAAAUGACAGAUAUAAAAGUAGAGGAAAGUCAAAGUCUAGAUUCAAGAAUGUUACAUGUGACUAUUGCCAUAGGAAUGGGUAUAUCAAGAAAUAUUGUUUCAAGUACAAGAGAGAUAUGAAACAACAAAAGAAAGAAAACGAUAAUGAAAAUCGUGUUGCUGAUGUUGUUAACGAUGACCUUCUUGUUUCUUGUGAUGAAAAUGUCGUCAAUCUUGUUUGCGAUGAGUCUAGCUGGUUUGUGGAUUCUGGUGCUACUUCUCAUGUUGGAGUUCUUGGUAUUGAGACUGUUUGUUUGGAAAGUAAUAAUGGUUCUAAAUUAGUUCUCAAUAAUGUCAAGCAUGCUCUAGAUGUCCGCUUGAAUUUGAUUUCUGUUGGAUACCUUGAUGAUGAGGGUUAUGUUAAUACCCUUGGUGCUGGCUAGUGGAAGCUUAAUAGAGGUUCAAUAGUUGUAGCCCAUGGUGACAAGUUGUCUAACUUGUACAUUUUUCAGGACUCCACUCUCAGAGGCUCAGUAAAUGUGGUGGAGAAUGAUACUUCAUCAUCAUUAUGGCAUAGAAGAAUAAGUCAUAUGAGCGAGAAGGGGAUGGAUAAUUUCGCUAAGAAGAAUUUGCUUUAUGGAGUGAAACAAUCAAAGUUAAACAAGUGUGUUCAUUGUUUAGCCGGUAAACAGAAAAUAGUUUCUUUUAAGAGUCAUUUGCCUUCAAGAAAGUUUGAUUUGCUGGAGUUGGUACAUUCUGAUUUGUGUGGUCCUUUUAAGGUAAAAUCUCAUGGUAGUGCACUUUACUUUGUGACUUUUAUUGAUGAUCAUUCUUGUAAACUCUAGGUAUUCUCUUUGAAGUCCAAGGAUCAGGUACUUGAUGUGUUCAAGAAUUUUCAGGCCUUGGUUGAGAGACAGACAGGGAAGAAAUUGAAAUGCAUCCGUUUUGAUAAUGAUGGUGAGUAUAUUGGUCAUUUUGAUAGAUAUUCUAGAGAGCAGGGUGUUCGGCAUCAGAAAACUCCUCUGAAGACUCCUCAGCUAAAUUGUUUGGCGGAGAGGAUGAACAAAACUCUUGUUGAGAGGGUUAGAUGUAUGCUUUCAAAUGCUAAGCUGGUUCCAGAUUCUUUUUGGGCAUAAUCACUUAAUACUCCUGCCUAUGUUAUCAAUUUAUCUCCCACUGUUGCUUUGAAUGGUGAUGUUCUUGACAUAAUUUGGUCUGGUAAGAAUGUUUCUUAUGAUUAUCUUAAAGUUUUUGGGUGUAAAGCCUUUGUGCAUAUUCCUAAGGAUGAGAGAAGCCGUGAUAUUGUGUUCUUUGAAGACCAAACAAUUGAAGAUCUUGACAAAGUUGAGAAAGUUGAUUCUCAGAGCAGUGAGAGCCUAGUUGAUGUUGAUCCAGUUCCUUUGACUAUUCCACCAGGUGAGAAUCUUCAAGUUGAUAUUGAAGAUGAUGAUCAUAUUCAGAAUGACCAGUAUGUCAUUGAUGCUCCAGUGCAAAACGAUGUAGUUGGUGAGCAACCAACUAUUAUUGAUGCUCCCGAGAGUUCUCAAUGAUCUACUAGAGAAAAAAUACCUUCAUAUCGUUAUUCUCCCAAUGAAUUUGUACGCUUGACUGACGGGGGAGAACCAGAGAGUCUUGAUGAGGCCAUGGAAACUGAAGAAAAUGAAAUGUGGUUUGAUGCUAUGAAGGAUGAAAUGAAUCUAUAUGAUAAUGAUACGUUUGAUUUGGUUAUGUUACCUAAAGAUAGAAAAGCUUUGAAAAACAUGUGGGUUUUUAGGGUGAAACAUGAAGAUGGUAACUCGAUUCCACGGUACAAGACUAGAUUAGUUGUGAAGGGUUUUAGCCAGAAAAAGGAAAUUGAUUUUGAUGAGAUAUUCUCUCCAGUUAUGAAGAUGUCAUCCAUUCGUGUGGUUCUAGGCUUGGUUGCAAAUCUGGACUUGGAGGUUGAAUAGAUGGAUGUUAAAACUGCUUUUCUCCAUGGCGACUUGGAUGAAGAAAUUUACAUGGAGCAGCCGGAAGGCUUUGAAGUCAAGGGAAAAGAGAAUUAUGUUUGCAAGUUGAAGAAGAGCUUGUAUGAGUCAACAGGGCUUCAAGAAUUCAUGAAGUUUGGUUCUUUUAUGAGUCAACAGGGCUUCAAGAAGACUUCUUCAAACCAUUGUGUUUUUGUGCAAAAAAUGUUGCUUCUUACAAAUGAAUUGAACCAAGCUUUACAAAAGAAAGAUCAAGAUAUUGUUAAUACUAUGGGAUUGCUUAAUCUUUCAAAGAGAAGAUUACAAACAAUGAGAGAGAGUGGUUUGGAGUCUUUGAUGGAUGAGGUUUCUUCAUUUUGUGGUAAACAUGAUAUUUUGGUUCCCGAAAUGACUGAAGACUAUCCAAGAUCGAAGCGUAAGAAGUCCGAAAUUUCAUAUUUACAUCACUUUCGUGUGGAAGUGUUUUAUGCAGUUAUUGAUUUGCAACUUCAGGAGCUCAAUAAUCGUUUUGAUGUUAUGACUAAUGACUUACUCCUUGGCAUGGCUAGUUUGAAUCCGGUUGAUUCAUUUGCUAAUUUUAGUAAGAGCAGAAUAAUGAAGUUGACCGAAUAUUAUAAAAGUGAGUUUGGUGAUAAUGAACUUCGAGAUCCCAGUUAUCAGCUUGAUAGUUUCAUUGUCUAUGCUCGAGAGUGUGAUAGUAAGUUUCUCAACUUGAAGGGGAUUAAAGAUCUUGCUACGAUGAUGGCACAAACAAAAUUGGAUCAAACUUGGUCUCUUGUUUAUUUGCUUGUAAAGUUGGCUUUGAUUUUGCCUGUUGCUACGGUAAGUGUGGAAAGAGCAUUCUCCUCAAUGAAGCUCAUCAAAAAUGAUCAACGUAAUAGCAUUGGUGAAGAAUUUUUGAAUGGCUGUUUAGUUUGUAAGAUAGAGCGGAAGAUAUUUGAAAUGAUUAAAAAGUUGAAACAUGAGUUGAAUAAGUCUUUUGCUAUAAAAGACUUGGGACCAGCAAGACAGAUUCUUAGCAUGCAGAUUGUCCGUGAUAGAGAUGCUAAGAAAUUGUGGUUGUCACAAGAGAAGUACAUUCAGAAAGUACUUCGUAGAUAUAACAUGGACAAAGCUAAGGUUGUCAAUACACCUUUAGCUAUGCACUUCAAAUUGAGUACUACAUUUGAGAAGGAAGAUAUGAAGAAAGUUCCUUAUGCUUCAGUUGUUGGUAGUUUGAUGUAUGCAAUGGCGUGUACAAGACCAGAUGUUGCUCAUGUUGUUGGUAUUGUUAGUCGUUUUAUUUCUAAUCCGGGAAGAGAGCAUUGGAAUGCUGUAAAGUGGAUUAUGAGAUAUCUUUGUGGCACUUCUAGUCUGAGUUUGUGUUUUGGUACAUGGAAUCCUAUUCUUUGUGGUUAUACUGAUUCAGACAUGGCCGGUGAUGUUGAUUCUCGUAAGUCUAUUUCAGGCUACUUGAUUACUUUUACAGGGGGAGUUGUGUCUUGGCAAUCUAGGUUGCAAAAAUGUGUUGCUUUAUCUACUACAGAGGCUGAGCUUAUUGCAGCUGUUGAAGCUUGCAAAUAGUUGAUCUGAAUGAAGAGAUUUUUAAGGGAACUUGAUUGUGCUCAAGAGAGGCAUGUGAUUUAUUGCGACAGUCAAAGUGCUAUUCAUCUUGGCAAAAAUUCUACAUUUCAUGGUCGGUCUAAACACAUUGAUGUGAGGUAUCAUUGGAUUCGAGAUGUGUUGAAUUCUAAGUUGCUUGAACUUGAAAAGAUCCAUACCAAUGAUAAUGGUUUCGACAUGAUGACUAAAGCUUUGCCAAGAGAGAAGUUUGAAGAAUGUUGCAUGAUCGCCGGGAUGGCGAUUUCCUCCACAUAG